GUCAGAGCACAGGGGCAACCGUGAUGCAGCACUCUGGAGCAGAAAGUGUUAAGGGCCCAACAGUGGCAUCUUGCUGAGACUUUAAACCCCUUUUAAACCCCUUCUAAUCAGUAACCUAUAGCUUAACCAUUAAAGAAAAACGUAACAGAUGUAACAGUCAUCACUGAUUGCAUAAUGUGUGUGACACAGUCAGUAUCCAAAAAACUUCCAGGGGAUUUCAUUUGUAUUUAUACCACAUCCUGUUUAAACAGGAAAUUAUGAUAAUUUAUAAACUCUAAAGCCUAGACCAGUAAAACAUUUCAGUAGAAGUGAAGCUGAACUUCAUUCCAGGAUGAAGAUCCUCCUCCUCAUCACCCUGUGCCUGAUAUCAGGUCCAGUGGGUCACUCUGACGUGAUUGGAUACUCAGGUGGACGUGUCAUGAUACUCUCGGAACUGCAAUGGGAUUUAGACAACACUAAAUCUAUUUUCAAGAUGGGACAAAAACAUUGGGAUUAUAUCAUAAAUAAAAGUUCAAACAGAAGUUAUGUUCAUACAGGCAGAUUCAUGUUGUUUAGAAAUGCGGAAGGUUUUCUGAGAGUGUUGAUCAGGAACUUGAAGCUGGAGGAUACUGGAACAUACAGAAUUGGAGUCGGCAAUCACAGCAGUUACAAUGUGAACCUGGAUGUUCGAAAAGAUCCUUGUUACGGAGAACCAAGAACAAUGACCACUUAUCGAGGGCAAAAUAUCAGCAUCAUCUGUAACUAUCCUCUGGAGUUUAAGGAAUUUAGCAAGUACAUUUACAAAGAGGACAGUGACUAUCUUGUUAAAGACAUCCGGGCUAUUAGAGCAAACUCUCAGAAGAGCAGAUUCUUAAUUUAUUAUGAUAGAAGCGCUGAAGUUCUCGGUUUGAACAUCAGUGACGUGAGAGAAGCUGAUGGAGGAGUUUAUUUAUGUGGAGUGAUGAACAGUAAUCAGCCAGUGCUGUAUUACUCCUUCUUUUCAGAGACCCGGUUACAUAUAACAGGUUCUGACCCUGUCAUCAUCAGUGUCAGUGUCAGUGUGGCUCUGCUGCUGUUUGGAGGAUUUGCCUUGAUUCUCUACAUACUGAUAUACAAGAGAACACGAGACUCUGCAUGUUCACCCAAGAAGAGGCUUAUAGACAAUAUACAGAUUUAUGAGAACGACUUGGCUAAUUUACACCUGUAUGAAAACACUGUAAUAAAACUGAAUUGUCAGAAUCUGGGUUCAUUCACAAGCCAAUCAGAUUCAACGUACCAAAGACUGGAUCCCCUCACCAACCAAUCCGAUUCAGGCUACGCGUCUCUGACUAACACCACCGACCAAUCACAUUCACACUACCAAUGCCUGGAUCCGAGAACUCGGACUAACUCUAUUUACCACACUCUUGGUGUUAGUGUUUAAUGUAUUAUUUAUUCCUUUUUUUCCAUGAUGAUAAUUGAUUUUCGUCUCUCAGUACAAGAUUUUUUCUUUACCACUAUUUAUGAACCUGCCUCACUAUCCAACGAUCAGGUAUAUAAAACCUGAAUGCCAUGAAUAAUUGACUGCAUGCUGUGUAAAUGUUAGUAUUGAAAGUGAAAUCAUACAUUCAUUGGAAUUUGGUUGUAAAUUGACAUAAGGAAAAAAAACUUUAACAGUAAUUUGCUGGGGAUAUUUUACUGAUCUAAGCU